AUGAAAUUUACUACUUCUGCUGUUAUCGCUUUUGCCACCUUGGUCUUAGGUGCCCCAACAAGAAUUUUUCAAGAAGUUGAAGAUGGAGAUGAUAAUAUCCCUGGUGUUUUGUCUUUGGACAUGACUAAGUUCGAAACCCCUCCAGAAAGUGAGGCCCUUCGUGCUUCAAUGCUUGCCCAAAUUCAAGGAAAUGAAAAUUAUUCUGGUCCUCUUGCUGCCGAUUUGAUGAAUCAAGUUACUCAUUAUUCGGUUAACAUAGGUAUCGGUUCUGGCAACAAAAAGUAUCCUCUCUUAAUUGAUACUGGAUCGUCUGAUUUUUGGGUUUCAAAUGUCACUUCAGUUGUGGAAGUACCUUAUGACUAUUUUGGUGAUCGAUCUAAAACUGUAUCCAGCAAGCCAUUUCACAUUGACUAUGUCAAAGGAUCAAUGGAUGGAUUUUGGGCAAAAAACUCUAUGUUUUUAGGCCGUCAGAUUGACAAUAUUGAUUAUGCAAUUGUGACGCAUGGUCAAGAUGCACCCAAAAUUAGACAGAGCUCGGGAAUUUUGGGAACUUCAUAUUCCUAUAAAGGAGCAAAAAACUUACCAGAACGUUUGGCUUCUGACGGUGUUAUCAACAAAAAUGCAUACUCAUUGUCACUCGUUGACUACAAUGGAGCAAAUGGUAAUAUUCUUUUUGGUGGAGUUGAUCAUUCUAAGUAUACUGGUCAGCUAUAUACGCUUCCUCGAGCUGACAUUCCUGAUUACAAAGUCAAGACCUUGUCAGUUAAACUGUCAUCAAUUACCAUAGAUGGUAUAACAACAAAUUUUGACAAUGGUGGAAUUGUGACUCCCCUGGACACUGGAACUUCCGUUUCUUACCUGCCUCCUAAUAUCUACAAUCAGCUUGCACAAGCUUUUGGAGUCUCUAGCUUUUACUCAUCUAUUUAUGGCGCCCCAAGCUUUGACGUUUCCCGUUAUGGAAACAAGGAAGUGACAUUUGAUUUUAACGGAGCCAAAAUCAAAGUCAAAGGAUCAGAUUUGGCUAUUAGUUUCCGAGAUUUGACAGGUGUCGAUAGAGGCAACAUUAAAAUCUUUGGCCUUUUCAGUAAUGAAAACUCAAAAGGCAUUAGCAUUCUUGGUGAUACAUUUUUGAGAUCAGCUUAUAUCGUGUAUGACCUUGAUGGUGAUACAAUUUCCUUGGCUCAGGCAAAUAAGACCCCUGGCAGACCAAUGAUUGAGCCAAUUGUGGACGCUGUUCCUCGUGCCAUCAAAUUGACCAAAUCUAUAUAA